CUGGUGAGAUACUUUUUUGACAAGAUAUCGGAAUCAGACGACUGUAAACAAUAUAAUAUAAUCGUCCAAUGUAAUAAAUAUGAAGGAAAUAUAUAGAAAAGACACUUUUUAUUUAUGUUGAUAGUAAUUUUGCUACUUGAAUAUGUGCUGCUAAGUAUGUAAAAUUACAAAAAUGGUGCUCCCAAAACAGGUCUGGAGUUAUUUCUGUAGAGGACGAAGAAAAAAAAUCACAAGUCUCGUUAUAAUUUUAAUUGUUUUGGUAAAUGUAAUGUUAUAUACAAGUUUACUUUUAUAUAAUACAAUACAAAAUAGAAAUAACAAACACUGGUAUGACAGAAUUCAUUUUGAUCAAGAUUCUUAUGUCGACACUAAAGGAAUGAGGGUAAUUGUUGGUCACUAUGUUGGUGGAAACUCUGGAGGGAAUUUAACAGAGGAAAUGGUAAAUAGCAAUAACUACGCUCCAGUAGAGGGAGUGGGUGAGGGUGGUCGCCCCGUACAAAUGACACAGAGGGAACUCAUUACUGCCAGAGAAUUAUAUGCUUUACAUUCCUAUAACAUACUUGUAAGUGAUAAGAUAUCCAUUAAUAGAACCCUGCCAGACAUGAGAAGUGAGAGUUGCAGGAAUGUGCAAUAUAAUUUAGAAAAUUUGCCAACCGCAAGCGUUAUUAUAGUCUUCCAUAAUGAAGCUUGGUCUACACUUAUGAGAACUGUGAUGUCUGUGAUAUUACGAUCUCCUGCAGGUUUAUUGAAACAAAUUAUUUUAGUUGACGAUGCAAGCACAAGGAGAUAUUUGGGUAAAGAAUUAGACGAUGCUAUAGUAAAAUUAAAUAAAGUACAAAUAUUGAGAAGUACAAACAGGACAGGGUUGGUUGGUGCUAGGCUCAUGGGAGCACAUAAGGCAACGGGAGACGUGUUGGUCUUUCUAGAUGCUCAUUGUGAGGUCACACAAGGCUGGCUCGAGCCUCUUUUAGAUAGAGCAGGAAGUGAUGAUGUAUUCAUAUGCCCACACAUAGACCUUUUGUCAGACGAAACAUUAGCAUACACAAAGAGUAUUGAUGCGCAUUGGGGCGCGUUCAGUUGGCGACUGCAUUUCCGCUGGCUGAUGCCGAGCGACGAAGUUAUGAUGACUAAAACUAAUAACCCAUCUAAACCUUAUCCAACUCCAGCGAUGGCUGGCGGCCUUUUUGCCGUGAGAAAAAGUUUAUUUUGGCGACUAGGUGGAUAUGAUGAAAGUAUGCUAAUAUGGGGUGGAGAAAAUCUUGAACUAUCCUGGCGAGCGUGGCAAUGCGGUGCGAGAGUAGAAAUAACACCCUGCUCUCGAGUAGGACAUAUUUUUAGACGACACAGCCCAUAUAAAUAUCCCGGUGGUGUGGCCAAAGUACUUAACACGAAUCUCGCUAGAGCCGCAUCCGUGUGGAUGGACGAAUGGGCUGACUUUUUCUUCAAAUUUAACCCUUCCGAUGCAGACAUUCGUGAUCAUCACAGUGUAGCAGCUAGAAUGACGUUGAGAAAGAAUUUACAAUGUAAAAGUUUUAAAUGGUAUCUGGAGAAUGUAUGGCCGCAACAUUUUUUCCCUACUGAUGAUAGAUGGUUUGGUCGGAUACGUAACGAAAAGGGUAGUUGCUUGGGAAUACUUGCUGGCACGCCAGGUCUUGGUGGACCGGCAUCUGGUAUUAGCUGCGGGAGUGAUCUUGAUUUAGAAAGACUGCUCGUAUACACAAUGGACGGUAGAAUAAUGGCCGAUGAAGGUCUAUGUUUACAAGAGGGUAAUGGUCGAGCGGUUUGGAAGAGUUGUAAUAAUAGUCAUAAACAAGUAUGGAAGCAAAAGGGACCGCGAUUGAAAACACCUGAAGGUUUAUGUUUGACGCAACUAAUAAGUAACAGUAAAGAUGGCGUCACUGAUCCAUUAACAACUAAAAGAUGCGUAAAUGACAAUGGACAGAUUUGGCAUUUUGAACGAGUGCCUUGGCGAUAAUGUGAUAAAUAUUUAUGGUACAAAAUUAUACUGGCAAUGUACAAUAGAUUAAGGUAAUUAAAUGUUCGUUAGGAUACGUAAAUUUCGAUAUCUGACAAGCUUUAAUUUUGUUUUAUAUUUUAUUAAUUCGAACAUUGGACUGAAAACCAACAAGAGUGCAAUCUUUCAAAGUACUAUUUAGUUUCCAUUUUAGGAUAGAAAAUCGAGAAAAAUUGAUCAUAAAGAUCAUUUAUGUAUGUAUUACCUAUUUGCCAUUAGCUAGUUAAAUUUUUUUACUAUGAAUUGAUCUGAUAAUAUAAUAUUUUCAUUUUUGUAGGUAUUGUAAUUUAUAAAUAUUUACAUUUUAAAUAACAAUUGCAUCACUUUAUGGGUGAUAUUAUGUAAUAAUCAACUAAUAAUGGAUUUACUAAUUUAUCUGUGAUUAACUAUGAAUAAACUUAUUAUGUUUUUUCAUGUUUCAGUACUUAUACUAUUUUAUUUUAAAUUAGAUAAGUGUGAGCCAACAUUCAUUUAUAUUAGGAUAAUUUCGAUUAUAGUAUAUACGGCAAUUUCCCAGAUUAUUCAUUAACUUUCUAUCGAAUGAUUUUUUUUAUAUUUUUACUGACCUAUGCAUUUAUGUUAUUAUAUACUAGUCUUCAGUAAUUUUAUUCUAUUUUAUAUUAAUUGCGCUGAUGUUAAUCCUAUUGGUUGUGUAUUUUAAAAGAUAAACAGGGAUAUAAUAUUGAUGUUUCACGGUGCUUCGAAUAGUACAUAGGUUGUUAAAUAUUUGUGCACUUUUAUAAUUUUAUAAAGGUAAUAAAAAAAUAUUUGACUAAAUAAAAAACCAUUUAUUUUG